UAACUAUCGUUUAGUGUCUGUCUAUCUGUCUGUCUGUGUGUAUUUGUGUGUGCUUUACGUAUACAUAAAACACACAUUAACACACACAUGCACUCGCACACUAAACUAUGCCUAAAGGAACAGUGUUCAGUGAGUUGAUAUUGGUCUGGUCUCACACGGUUUUCACACCCUCCUCCUCAUCUGUUCUUCUCAUCAUGGCAAAGUGCGCCCAUUUUUAACUGUUGUCUUUGAGAAAUCUUUUUUUACGUGUCCACAUGUCACGUCCCCUUUUCCAUUCUACGAAGGUGAUCGGUUUGUUUCGCAACCUGUUGUGAACUAACAAGGGAAGAAAAAUUAAGUUUAGUCCUGAGGGACAAUGAAAUUAAUUUCUUGCCGUUUCAAUGUCCUUUUUAUUUUUGAUUCUAAUUUGGCAAAGUUGGGAAUAUUUAGUCUAAACUAAAUGAUGUUCUCUUCGUGAUAUUUAUCGAGCUGCGUUCAAAGUUUGGAGUAAAUGGCCAUCUCAAGUCAUUAAGAGUGUAUCCCAUUUCAUGCUUGAUUUGUGCUCAUUUUCAUUCUGCCAGUCCAUCAGCAGCCAUUAGUUCUUUAACUGCCUCUCUGCCCCUUCUUAUACAACCUCCCCAACACACACGCGCACGCACACACACACACACACACAGAAACACAAUCUUAAAACCUAAAUACGCUCCUUUGUUGUCAUCAAAAUAUUUCUCAGAAUUGAAUCCUUGUGCUUCUGCAUGUUUUAAAUUUUCCCUGUCCCUCUCUUCCAGUGGUUUUCAUCCAGAACUGCCCAUUUUUCCUUCCCGAACCUCUUCCCCCCUCCCUCCACUUGUCUUCAUUCUCAUCCUGUAUCAGGCAAGAGAGACCAGUUGGCAUUAGUUGGAUGUUGAACAGUGGAUUAAGUGGGUAAUGCCUUGCGGUGGAUUUGAGGUGUAAUAGACGAUGUGCAGGUUGUAGAUAGAGACAGACUGAUAGACAGAUAAAAAUAGAUGAAACUUAAUAUCCCAUCUCAUCACCACCCCUCUCUUUUGCUCUGUCACAUUUUCCUUCUUUCUUUAUGUUGUGUUUGAUGCUUUGUCUCUACUUCUCGCGGCCACACCUUUUUGGGAACGCUCUUUUAAAGCAUUGCCACUGCUAGACUUUAGCUCAAACAUCCAUGGACAUCUACCUGAAAUUGACUGUGCACUCAGCCUUAAGGUGAAUAAUUACAACCAGUAGCAUAGGCCCACACCAGCCACUUUAGUCUUCCUUUUCCCCCUUUCUUAUGGACUGAUAAAGUGGCUUAAUAAAUACCUCUUUCUUGAUUGUUCUGAGAGUGGGAUGUCAUCAUGAAGGAAUAUGAAGGACCACUCGUUUUGCUCUGUCUUUGCUUUUGUGUCUCAACUCUGCUCCUCUGUAAAACAUCUCCACUACAGUCUUUAAAUUAUGUGUUACAGAAAAGAGUUAAUUAGACUGAGGAAGAGAAGAGCGCAGAGCGGGCCGGCAAACCGGUGAUCAUGACUGGCUAAAGCAAGCGAAGGCAAGGAGUGAAAGAAAGCCAAAGAAGAAGGAAGGGGAGGGAAGAAGAAGAAGAAGAAGAAGAAGAAGAAGAAGAAGAAGAAGAAGAAGAGGAUCGUUUCCCCUCCCACUCGACAUUGAUAACGCCCCAGCGUCACCCACCUCCACCCUCAUCCAACCAGAGACCGCUCAUCCCUUCGCCCCGCAAGACCCCACCUCAGUCUUCUGUGCGUGACUUCAUCUGUCUACCAUCCCUUCAUCCGAGGCUAUGAGAGGAGGAGUCGAAUCCCAGAUCACUCCAUCAUGCCAGUUCUGAAGAGCAGAGAGGAGAUCCGGGCUGGCAAUGUUCAAGGGACGGCAUUUACACUGCUCCACAAUGCUUGUCAGCCUCCACCCUUCUCCCUCCCGUCUUCAAGACAAGCGCUUCGUCGUCCCCUCCUCCUCCCCCCAUCAUCCUCCACCGCCUCCUCCUCCAGACCAGCCGCCUCAUCAUCCUUAUUCUCAGCCUCGAGUGACCCUGCCCUUCCUCUCCUUGUCUUUCUCACUGAUCCUCGUCUCCAUACUCCUCUUGCCCGUCUGCGAGUCUCGCAGAGGUGGAGGUCCAGGUACGGGGCCUGGAGGUGCCCCAGGGGGACAAGGUGGCCAGAGGGGAGGCAGCACCCAGAGGGGUGUUGUCAUCCCUCCUCAAUACUCUCCUGGCUUACCAGCUCUUCCCCCAAUCAGUCCAAAACUGAUCAACUCACUCAGUAUCGCUGUAAUCCUUGUGGGCAACUCUAGUGAAGUAACGCUGGGGGUUGGACUUGAGAAAGAGGACUUCCUCCACAUCCCUUAUCCUCCAAAAGUCGAGGUGGUCACCAUGAAUGAGACCGACCCGAAGAGUAUCAUCAAUCGGAUCUGCGCACAAAUGACGAGGAACUCUCUGCAAGGCGUAGUGUUUGGUGAUGACACGGACCAGGAGGCCAUCGCUCAGAUCCUGGACUUCAUCUCAGCCCAGACACACAUCCCCAUCCUGGGCAUCAGGGGAGGCUCCGCAAUGGUCAUGGCUGCCAAGGACGACAACUCCAUGUUUUUCCAGUUUGGUCCGUCCAUCGAGCAGCAGGCCUCCGUCAUGUUGAACAUCAUGGAGGAGUAUGACUGGUACAUCUUCUCCAUAGUCACCACAUACUACCCUGGCUAUCAGGACUUUGUCAACAAGGUCCGCAGUACCAUCGAGAACAGCUUUGUGGGCUGGGAGCUAGAAGAAGUCCUCCUACUGGAUAUGUCAGUGGAUGACGGAGACUCCAAGAUCCAGAAUCAGCUGAAGAAACUACAGAGUCCUGUUAUUCUGCUCUACUGCACAAAGGAGGAGGCUACCACUAUCUUCGAGGUGGCCCAUUCUGUGGGCCUCACAGGUUAUGGCUUCACCUGGAUCGUGCCCUCGCUGGUGGCUGGAGAUGCAGACCACGUUCCCUCUGUCUUCCCUACAGGGCUUAUCUCAGUGUCAUAUGACGAAUGGGACUACAACAUCGAGGCCAGGGUACGUGAUGCAGUGGCUGUCAUUGCCACAGCGACCUCCACCAUGAUGCUGGACCGGGGGCCUCACACCCUGCUGAAGUCAAGCUGCCUCGGGACACCUGACAAAAAGAGCUCCAACACCGGCCACUCCAAGGAAAUACUGAAGUACCUCAUGAAUGUGACAUUUGAAGGCCGAAACCUGUCGUUUAGUGAAGAGGGUCACCAGAUGUUCCCCAAACUGGUCAUCAUUCUUCUAGACAAGGAUAGACAGUGGGACAGGGUUGGCAAGUGGGAGAGAGGCUCUUUGACGAUGAGGUACCAUGUGUGGCCUCGCUUUGAGCUGUACUCAGCGGCGGAGGAGCGAGAGGACCACCUGUCCAUCGUGACUCUGGAGGAGGCACCAUUUGUCAUCGUGGAGGAUGUGGACCCUCUUAGUGGCACAUGCAUGAGGAACACUGUGCCGUGCCGCAAACAGCUCAAACUCAGCAAUCAGACAGGUGAUUCAGGGAUUUACAUCAAGCGCUGCUGCAAAGGUUUCUGUAUAGACAUCCUGAAGAAGAUCGCCAAGGCAGUCAAGUUCACCUACGACCUCUACCUGGUGACCAACGGCAAACACGGCAAGAAGGUUAAUGGGACAUGGAACGGCAUGGUUGGAGAGGUGGUGUUGAAGAAUGCCCACAUGGCAGUGGGUUCACUCACCAUCAACGAGGAGAGGUCAGAGGUCAUUGACUUCUCUGUGCCCUUCAUUGAAACAGGCAUCAGUGUCAUGGUCUCCCGUAGCAACGGAACCGUCUCUCCCUCCGCCUUUCUUGAGCCCUUCAGUGCUGAUGUCUGGGUGAUGAUGUUUGUGAUGUUGCUGAUCGUGUCGGCCGUGGCUGUGUUUGUGUUUGAGUACUUCAGCCCGGUGGGUUACAAUCGCUGUCUGGCAGAUGGGCGAGAGCCCGGCGGUCCCUCCUUCACCAUCGGUAAGGCUGUCUGGCUGCUUUGGGGUCUGGUUUUCAACAACUCUGUCCCCGUGCAGAAUCCCAAAGGUACCACCAGUAAGAUCAUGGUCUCAGUGUGGGCCUUCUUCGCUGUCAUCUUCCUGGCCUCCUACACUGCCAACCUGGCUGCCUUCAUGAUCCAGGAGGAGUAUGUCGACCAGGUGUCGGGCCUGUCAGACAAAAAGUUCCAGAAGCCUAACGAAUUCUCGCCGCCAUUCCGGUUUGGCACGGUGCCCAAUGGGAGUACAGAGCGCAACAUCCGCAACAACUACCGGGACAUGCAUACUUACAUGACCAGCUUCCACCAGAAGAAUGUAGAUGAAGCGCUGCACAGUCUGAAGACCGGCAAACUGGAUGCCUUCAUCUACGACGCUGCGGUGCUGAAUUACAUGGCAGGCAGAGACGAGGGCUGUAAGCUGGUCACCAUCGGGAGCGGCAAAGUGUUCGCCUCCACCGGCUACGGCAUCGCCAUCCAGAAAGACUCUGGCUGGAAACGAGCUGUGGAUCUCGCCAUCCUCAUGCUGUUUGGAGAUGGUGAUAUGGAGGAGUUUGAGGCCCUGUGGCUGACGGGCAUCUGCCACAAUGAGAAGAACGAGGUGAUGAGCAGUCAGCUGGACGUGGACAACAUGGCGGGGGUCUUCUAUAUGCUCGGAGCUGCCAUGAUUCUGUCAUUAAUCACCUUCAUCUGUGAACAUUGGUUCUACUGGCAGCUACGCUUCUGCUUCAUGGGCGUGUGCUCCGGAAAGCCUGGGUUCACCUUCUCCAUUAGCAGAGGUAUCUACAGCUGCAUCCAUGGGGUACAAAUUGAGGAAAACAAGUCAACCAUAGACUCACCCUCAGCCACCAUGAAGAAGAACAUGAACAACACCCACUCCAACAUCCUGCGGUUGCUCCGUACUGCCAAGGACAUGACGGCCGUCCCGGGCAUUAACGGCUCGCCGCACGCCGCACUGGAGUACAGCCACAGCGGCCGUGACUCGGCUAUCUACGAUAUCCAGGAGCAUCGGCGUAGCUUGGUGGGUCACCCUGUUGACUGUAAGUCAGCGCCGGCCUACCUGCCAGAGGACAACAUGUUCAGUGACUACAUCAGCGAGGUGGAGAGGACUUUUGGGAACUUGCCCCUGAAGGACAACAACCUGUACCAGGACCCUUACCUGCACCACCACCCGGCCUCGGCUCUGGGUAUGUCCGGCCCCCCGCCUAAUAGGCCGCGUAGCUUAGGCAGCACUAGCUCGUUGGAGGGGGGCAUGUUCGAUUGCGACAGUUUAGGGGGAGGGGUAGCACCCAUCUUCACCACCCAGCCCCGACCCUCCAUGACUCACAGGAAUACCAAUAAAUUUGACCUGAUUGCUGGCCACACCCCUGCGGAUUCCAACCAGGGUGGGUUCAAGGGAAGCAAUGUGUACGGGAGGUUUUCUUUCAAAGGAGGCGCAUCCAGCACGGGGCUCAUCGGGGGUCAUGACAGGUACUGUGGUGGGGGUGGGGGAGGCUCGGGGGGCGAUGAUGGGAACAUUCGCUCCGAUGUUUCGGAUAUCUCCACGCACACCGUCACCUACGGCAACCUGGAGGGCAACAACAAGCGGCGUAAGCAGUACAGGGACAGCCUGAAAAAGAGGCCAGCCUCGGCCAAGUGCAGACGGGAGCAGGACGAGAUAGAGCUGAGCGGCUUGAGGAGGAGACCCCACCACCACACCGUCCACCACCACUUCCCCCACGGGCCCCAGGCACACCGCACGGUCUCACCUCCCCUGGAGCGGAAGAGGGGAGGAGGAGGGGGUAAUUCUUCACCUUACUUGUUCCGCAAAGACAAAGAGAACCUGAGGGAUUUCUAUGCGGACCAGUUCCGCUCCAAGGAGGGCAAGGCCAAGUGGGAGCAAGAGGGUGGAAGUGGAGGAAGUGGUGUGGGCGUUGGUAGCGGUGGCGGUAUCUGUAAAAGCUUGGUACCUGUAGAAGACUUCCUCAAAGGUAAAGGCAAGAAGCCGGAGUGUAAAGGUGGGCUUGGCUCAGUGUCUGCAGGGCAGCAGGCCCACACCUGCUGGGAGAAAGGGGUCUCUGGGAUAGGAGGGGGGGGCAUAGCAGGGGGUGACUGGGAGUGUCGUAACUGCCACAGUGUGUGUCACCACGGUGGGGGCGUGGGAGGAGGCGGCACAUGCCCAACUAGCGGGGUUGGAGGUAGCAGCAGUCGCCCCAGCUCCGCUAGCUGCAAACGCUGCCAGCCAAGCAACCUUUACAACAUCAGCGAGGAUAAUAACAUGGUGUUCGCUGGAGGGAAGAGUAGCGUAGGACCCAGUGACACACAAACUCAGGCACAGCGCAGGAAGCUAGGGCCAGGUGGGAGGGUGUUACGGAGGCAACACUCAUAUGACACAUUUGUGGACCUGCAGAGAGAGGGGGCAGGCCGCAUGGGAGGGGUCGGCGGGGGCGUUGGGGGGCAGUUUCCCCAGCCCCGAAGUGUGAGCUUGAAAGACAAAGACCGCUUCAUGGAGGGCCCCAGCCCUUAUGCUCACAUGUUUGAGAGGUAUGCAGGUGAAAGGGAGUCUUCCAUGUUCGGAGGAAUAGGUGGAGAUAGGGCGAAAGGAGGCUCCUCCUUCAGUUUGUUCCGUGGAGGCGAAGGUGGGUUGCAUCAGCGGUCGGUGGGGGAGAGAGACCUGAGGGACAGAGAUAGAGCUAUGAUGGGAGGUGGGGGCUGUGGUGGUGGUGGUGGUGGUGGUGGUGGUGGUAGCAGAGGGGCUGGGACUUACUCCUUGUCUAAAUCUCUCUACCCAGAUAAGGUGAACCAGAACCCCUUCAUCCCAACCUUCGGCGACGACCAGUGUCUAUUACACGGUGCCAAACCGUACUACAUCAAAAAGCCACAGACGCAGCAACAGCAGCAGCAGCAACUUCUCAACAACAGCCGAGGAGGAGGGGACUUCCGCGGCUCCAUGGGAGCGACUUCCUAUUUGCCCGCGUCCGCCACAGCUGGGGUGAUGUCCAAUGUGGCCCCCAGGUUCCCCAAAGAUCUGUGUCUGGGCGGGGUGGGAGGGCCAAUGGGGAACCACCACGGGGCCAGCAAGAUACUGCCCGGGGUCAGGGACACGUUAGGUUUGGGGCAGGGACAGAGAACCUUCAACGGUGCCAGCAAUGGACACGUUUAUGAAAAGCUCUCCAGCAUUGAGUCAGACGUCUGAGGGUUGAAGAAAGAGGCAGAAAGAGAGAGAGGAGAUGAAGUGGGUGAAGAAAAGAGGGGGACAGAGAGGAACAUACAGGGGGAAAAAGAGAAACAGCACGGGCUGGUGACCUCUGUGUGUGAAGAGAAUGAGGAGACACGAUACUGUGUGUGUUGUUCUCACUCCACUAAAUGGAAAGAAUUUGGACGAUGCACAGAGGCCACUGCAGGCUAAGCUGUGGUGAAGUCCGGCGGGAGACAAGUUUUUAAUGAGAAGAGAGGAUUCUGGUGCUGCUCCGACGCUCAGAGAAAGAUAGGGAGGGAGGGGAAAAAGUGAAAUAAAAUCUCCAGUCUCUGCUCUCUUCACAUGCUCAUUGUCUUUCCCUCCCUCCUGCAGUUCUUUAACACCAAAACAAACAUUUUGUUUAGCUAUGGAAAUACAAUCAUGAAUGAGAAAUAACACUUCUGUUGAAGUAACAGGGUAAACUAAUAAUAACUGUAUUGAUAAUGUUGAUAAUAUUAUUGAAUAUUAUUCCAGUGUUUAAUGAUGAUUGGUUUGGAUUGUUUUUUUCAAUUUUAUUUAUUUAAAUAGUUCAUGUUACAUAUUUGUAUGAUGUUAAUUCUUUCUUAGCUUACCAAUAUUACAGGAGACUGGUAGACCAGUUGUCGGUACGGAUCUUUUUUGGGUUCCUGUAAUUUGGACUCUUCUUUGCUAUUAAUUCUUCAUGUUUGGUUUUUUAUACUUUUCUUACUUUUGAGUGCUGUAAAGUGUACGUGAAAGGCAUGACUUGCUGAGUACAUUCUAUGUACUCGUAAUUUGCAAAGAAGGUCUUUUUUUUCAGCUGCAGAAGCAACAUCAUCAUACUGAUUUGCCGUUUCCUCUCGUUUUUCUGCUCGGCAGUACCAAAUGGGUCUCACAUUUUGAGCUGGAUGUGCCUUAAAGGAUUAAUACUGAUUUUCUACACACAAGAUCUGUUUUGUUAGUAGACAGAUCCACCUGCAAACAAUUAGUCGAUUGAUUUGAGGGUGAAAAUACUCCUGAAAAAGUCUGAUAUGAGGGUAGAGUUUCAUGACUGUAGCAGACUUUAACAGAUGUUAGGAUACAAAGCAAAACAUAAAGAAUUGCGGCAGCAGAGGAAGCUUAAAUUUCUACAUAGAUCCCCAACAAUAAAAAUAACCUAUAGCAGGAUUACAAGGGUUAAAACCACAGUGCCAUGAUAAAUACAACAUUCCUGUGCCCCACCCCACCCAAUUUAUAAAUAAAAUUUCGAAGCUUUGUACUAUUAACUCCGCAGUUAAUCUAUCAAUUGCAAUUAAAUUUCCUUUGAAUCAUUUACAAAGAAGCUCAACGAGCUUCAUCACUCUUCACCUCCUCAAAGUCCACUGUUCAUUUUUACCACAGGUGACCCAACUACCCAUUAAAUACAUGUAAAUCACAUUUAAUGUCCACUUGUUGCGCUCCUCGUGUUUCAUUGGGUCUGACUCAAUUGGCCGUGACAGUUUUGCUGUUCAGGACAGGGACAUAAUGGACUCUCAGAGUGAGGCCUCUCCAUUGCUGGGAUGAGCAGCCUGGCAUGUUAAUUAUUUCAUGAUUACGGGCUAUAAGCCCUGCCUGCUGUAUUAGAUGGUCACAUUUGAAUGAUGAGUGGAGUAUAAGUGUUGAACGUUUUCACUCUGCUGGUGUAAAAGAAGGUUCGUGCUUAGAAAUGGGGAUAAAUAGUACAGAAAACUGUAGUCUACUUACUAUACAGCUACUGAAUAGUCCCUGUGAUAUAAAGUAAAAAUGGGACAUUUUGGGAAAUACACUUUUGUUUUUUUGCCGAGCAUUAGAUGGGAAGAUUGAGACCGUUCUCAUAUCUGUACAGUAAAUAUGAAGGUACAGCCAGCAGCUAGUAGUUAGCUUAGCUUAGCAAAAAGACAGCUAGACUGCUUCUACCUGCAGGUAACAAAACCAGCACCUCUAAUGCUCACUAAUUAAUGUGUUAUACAGUAUGUUAUAACCGAAGUGUAAAAGUUAUCUGCAAGACUUUCUUGUAGUCGCCAUGAUUCUGGCCUACAAACAAUCAGCCAAGAAACAGUCCAACACAUAACCUCAUUUGUACACUUCCGUGGUUGUGCAGAUAAAACAACUACAACUUAAUUAGUUAGCUUCAGAGGUGCUGGUAGGUGGAUUUUGUUACCUUUGGACAGGGUAGCUGUUUCCAGUCUUUGUGCUAAGCUAAGCUAACACUCAGUCAUCAUUUCUCUCUCCAUGUUGCUCAAACUCACAUUUUUCAUCAAACAGAACAUAAAAAGUAAUUUCAGCAUGUAUUGUAACCUUGAUUUCUCCCUCCACCGGACCAUAAUCUGUUUCACAUGCUGAGAUUUUGAUGAAGGAAAGAAUUUGCCCUCAAGUCCAAGGUCCUGUGUGGAUUGUGUCAGCUGCUGACAUUUGAGGAGGAAAAGAAUAAAAGAGGAAGGCGGGAGAACGUAAACCGCUUCCUAAAAGCAGGAGGUACAUCUGAUAAAAAAUAAGCAUUGCCUUCGUUACAGAUGGACUAUUUAGAUUAAAAGGCGGCUCCCAAAUCCACAACAUCAGACAUUCAGGUCAUCUCUGCUCUAACCUGUUAUAAAGACGAACUUAGGUCUUAUGGUCUUAAUUUCCAGGGACUUUUAGUCAUUUUGCCAAACCAAAUUUUAAUACCUAAGCACAAUCUGACUGAAUGGGUCCAAUAUUUAGUUUGUUGUACAUCCCAGUCAAAACUUUAGAAGACUUUCCUUCUCUUGGUUGACAAGUCAGUAUGUAUGAUACUAGGGGGUCUCUAGUGUUUGUAAGGACUUGCAUGUAUACACUUUUUCUUUAUUUCUGUUUUUUAAUCUUAACUUUUAGCCCAGAAAAAAAUGGGUGUUUUUGAACAAUAUUUGGAAUUUUAUCAAUUUCAUUGGUACUGAUGAUCCAUGUAGUACUGUAGGUGUGUGUGUGUGUGUGUGUGUGUGUGUGUGUGUGUGUGUGUGUGGCGUGUGUGUGUGUGCGUGUGUGCUUGUUUGUGCAAGAGAAGACACCAAUCUAACAGUCCAAAUUUUGGUUAUACUUAAAUAUGGCUAAAUUGAUUUAAAAAAAACAUCACUAGGAUAGAAAACAUUUUUUUUAUUGUUAAUGUUAUACAAAGAUCAGUUUUUUAUUGAUAGUUUGUGUAAAUGCUUUUAAACAAGGUUGAGGUCUUGGUUAAUUCAUUCAUUGUCACUGAAGAAGCGUUCUUCAUCUCAACUACUUCUUUUUUUUCCUUUGAAUAUCUCAGUACGUUUCAUUAUUUCUGUUAUUGUAUGUGCCUGAAUACAUACGCUUGAUUACCUCUGUGUGUGCUCAUAUGAAAGAGAGACAGAGAGUGUGUGUGAGAGAUAACUGUUUAUUGUACAUGUAUUAUAAAACUGUAUGUAAAUACUUUACCUCACGCUCAUGGACUUUUGAUAAAAAAAACUGUACAAAACAGCAGAGAAUAGAUCUAUUUGGGAUAAAUCUUUGAUUCGUAGGUCCCCUUGCAAAAUUGCUUUUGUAUCGACUUCAGGCCAGGAUGUGUGCAAUCGUUUAUUAGUACACAGUUGAGGUGCACAUUUAAUAAGUCGAGGUUUGUUGAUGUGUUUUUGAUUUUCUCUUGGAUUUGGUCAAAGACCAGCUGAGACGGUUGUUUUGUCAAAAGGAAAAAUUGUAAAGCAUUAAAGUCAUUCAUGGAUACACAGAAAGCACAAUAGAUCUAUGGGAAUAUCUAUUUGCAUUUUUACAAGGUAGUCUCUCUUUUCUUUCUUCUCUUUGGCUAAUCUUCUGUUUUUGUGUUUUACCACAGAAGAUCGAACAACUCCAUCCCCCCGAGCUGUACAGAUUGUGAAAAAUGUACAUACGACAAAAAUCUAGUUCACCCUCGCAUUUUUUGUAUGGAGAGAAAUUACUUGUGUGAAGAGAGUAUUUCGAAUUUGAUUGAAUAUUUAGUAAUAUUGAAAAUGAGAUUAAACACAGUCAAUGUGAAAAUAAGUGCUGAGAAAUAUUAUUCUUCUGUCUCUUUGGAAUAAAAGUGUUGAGUAUUAAUAAAAAAUAAUAAAUCUCAAA